GUACCACAGUACAGUAGACCAAUUUGAGCCGCCGAAUCGAGCUAACCGCUUACCGCUUGCCGGACAAACGCGUUCCGUUUUCCCUCCGCUUCCAUUCGAUAUUUGCCGCCGUCGUCGUCGGUUGUCCAGAUGUCCGCGUGACGACAGACAAACUAUUUCCAAUACCGGGGGGGUCAUAGUAACGUUCACCUAAGUAGUCCUUUCGGCCAAAUCAAACCGAAACGAUCCGAACUGAGCCCAACCAUCCAAACGUCCAUCCAUUUACCGGGGUCUUUUUGGGGAUCGUUGUGCAUUUUUAUCGGUGUGUCGCGCUGUCGCUUUUUCGGUCUCUGCGCGAUUUUCCCCACAUUCCGUGUGCUGUGCUGUGAAGAGGUGUUCUUGGAAUCAAGCAAAUAGUUAAAAUAACGAAACGUUGGCAAAAAUCCACUGAAUGAGCAAGAAGUUAUAUAAGGCCCGAACCGGAUUCAUUUAUUAAUUAUACAUACAAAUGUGACCAAAACAAAAACAGACUGACAACAAAACUCGGCUUGGGAUAUACCGAAAACAACACUCAAAUACCAACCGAUCCCGAUAUAUAAAUGAUCGCCCAUCAAUUUAAUUUAAUCAAUAGCCGUAACUCAAGUUCAAUGAACAAAUAAAUUUGCGCAGUCCAACGGGCCAAUAAACGGAUCAAUAAACCGAAAUACGAUCGAAAUUUCGCUCGUUCAAAAACCAACUGCCAUCUGGCAACGCUGUUUGGUGGCCGCUUGUAACGGUUAUUCACGACAAUUUACUCACGCCCCGAUCGAGUUUAGAAGUGCGGAAGCAUGGGAAACUCCUCGUCACACACACACGAACCACUCGAGCGCGGCUUCACACGCGGAAAAUUCGGUGACGUUAAAAAUGGGAAAUCCGCCUCCUUCCGGUUUAGCAAGAAAUCGCCGAAGAAAAUGGAUCGUCUGCGUCGCUCCUUUCGCGACUCCUUUAGGCGUCGCAAGGAUCGCGUUCCCGAGUCCUCGAAGCCGCACCAGUGGCAAGCGGAUGAGGAGGCCGUGCGAUCGGCCACCUGCUCCUUCUCCGUAAAGUACCUGGGAUGCGUCGAGGUCUUCGAGUCGCGCGGCAUGCAGGUCUGCGAGGAGGCACUGAAGGUCUUGAGGCAAUCCCGACGUCGUCCUGUCCGCGGAUUACUUCAUGUCAGUGGAGAUGGCCUUCGUGUGGUGGACGACGAGACCAAGGGCCUGAUUGUGGACCAGACCAUCGAGAAGGUCAGCUUCUGUGCGCCGGAUCGCAACCACGAGCGCGGCUUCAGCUACAUCUGCCGGGAUGGCACCACCCGGCGCUGGAUGUGUCACGGCUUCCUGGCGUGCAAGGAUUCCGGCGAGCGAUUGUCCCAUGCGGUGGGCUGCGCCUUUGCCGUUUGUCUGGAGCGCAAGCAGCGACGCGACAAGGAGUGCGGCGUGACGAUGACCUUCGACACGAAGAACUCGACCUUCACGCGGACCGGUUCCUUCCGCCAGCAGACGCUGACGGAGCGCCUGGCCAUGGCCACCGUGGGCACAAACGAGCGGAGCAUGGAUGGGCCGGGAUCAGCAGCAAUGCCGGGUCCUCCGGCGGCCACCGUCAAGCCUUACAAUCCCUUCGCCAUCGAGCGACCCCAUGCCACGCCCAACAUGCUGGAGCGGCAGAGCUCCUUCCGUUUGAGCACGAUCGGCAGCCAGUCGCCGUUCAAGCGCCAGAUGUCACUGCGCGUCAACGAUCUUCCGUCCAACGCCGAUCGCCAGCGGGCCUUCCUGGCCGCCGCCGCCGGGAAUCCUCUGCAGACACCGCUGCGAAGUGUUUCGCCCAUUGCCGAGGUCUCGCCGGCCAAGUCUGCUGGAGCGGAUCAGUCAUCGGACGCCGCAAGCGCGGCCGCCGAUUCUGUGAGCCAGCUGUGCCAGGAGCUCAGCCAGGGUCUCUCCCUGUUGACCCAGACGGACGCUCUGCUUGCCGCCGGCGAGGAUCUGAACUUCAACAACAAUCGCAGCAUUAAUCAGAACAUUAUUGCCGCCGAGAAGGCGCAGGUGCAGCAUGUUAUCUCGUACAGCGCCACGCCCACGGCGCAGGUGACGCCCCGGGUGGCCAGCAUCAGCACCACGCCCACCUAUCAGACGCUGCACUCGCAGUCGCCCACGCGAUCGGAGCAUCAGAGCCACCUCGACACCUCGACGGAGCUGCCAAAUGCCGAGCAGUGGUUGGGUCAUGUGGUGCGCAGUACCUCUCCGGCGGCACCGAAGCGGCCCACUUACCUGGCCAAUGUUGGCCGAGCUCAAACUCUGGCCAGUGGAUCGGGGUCUGCAGCUGGAACAGGAGCAGGCGGAGGAGGAGGAGGAGGUGGUGGCCCCGAUGACCCUUUCGAUGCCGAGUGGGUGGCCAAUGUGGCGGCGGCCAAGCAAUUGUCGCCGGACUUGCCGAUUUCCAGCACAUCGCGUUCACCGCUGGCCAGGCACAGCACCAAUCCGUUCAUCUCACCGCCCAAGGCGCCGGCGCAGACAUUCCAGGUGCAGCUCUAGACACCAAAUCCGGGGUCACCAGGGGGACAAAGUGUGGUUCGCUUGAAAAAAACGUAACUUAGUUUAAAGUUCAGGGGCAGGAUCAGGCCAAACACAGAAGAUGGAAAGAAAUGGAUGGAUGGAUGGAUGGACGGAUGGAUGGCUGGAUGGAAUGGAUAGAGAUACUUAACGCAAACAUAAAUAAUGUUGAAUUAUGCAUAUAGAACAUAUAGAAAACCUAAAAUACAGUUAUUUACACGAAAAAUCAAUCCAUUAAUGGCGCUUAGCACUAGGCCAAAACUAAAACUGCUUCAAGUGAAUGACAUCAUUAAAUCGUAAGAGAUCUUGUACCGGAUCAGUCUUUUAGGUGGUCCUAAAUAUGAAACAAACUUUAAAUAACAUUGCUUCGUACUAAAAAAAAGACCGUUUUUAGUGACUAGACUGAUACCGGUUAAGAUCCCUUAGUCACCAAACAAUUGACCAAGCUACCAAGUUACCCACGAAAGUCCACCAUUAAGCAAACAAAAAACAAAACCAAUGGCACUCUUUUUGUCUUGAAUGCUAAAACUGUAUUAUACUUUGGUAAUGCCCUUCCACAACUUGUUGAUUGAUCCCGCUAAGAAUAAUGAUAAAAUACAGAUUUAUGUGUGUUGAUAUGUAGGAAACUCUAUGUCCUAGGGCCAAUUAUUAUUUUGUCUGUGUCAGUGUUCGGUACACCGUUUUAUAUCAAAUCUUUUAUUAUUUAACUUAAUUUUAAAUUGUGUACAAAAUGUAUUAUACUUAAAUUAUAAAUAUAAUUUAAAAACAAGCAACAAAAAAAAAAUGAAUGAAAC